UUUGUAUUUGAUAUGUGUCAUUUAUUAUUACCAAAACUUGCGCUCUUGGAAUAACAAUUUUUUUUCUGUUUUGUUCGUGGAACUUGUACACCUGGUUUCUACAUGCGUUCCAAUAUUUAUAAUCACCUAAAAAACGUAAUUAUGUGUGUAUACUUUAUUGGCUUAAUACUGGUAUUCUAUGGUGUGUAUUCAAAGAUUAAAUAAAUUCAAAGUUCACAAGCUACCUAGUUACCUUACCUAAGUAAAAAAACAGGUUGGGCCAUAUGAAAACCACGUCGUGUCAUGAGAGUGUGGGUGUCAAAAUAAAUAAAAAUACAUGACUAGCCUGAUGUGGAUUACUUAGAAUAAAGAAACAGUGACGGAUGUACAUCGUGGAACAUGGAGAAACCAAAGGUACGCAUGCGAAUGUCACUUCGUGAACUGGAAAAACCACACAACGCAAAAAAUCUCAAUAAUUUUUUAAAGGCUUGGAAAUUAAUAAAAGAGCUUCCCCCAGAUAAUCCAAAUUCAUUUUGGGGACUUGCUACAUAUCAUGGUGAACCAUUUAAAAAGAGAAUAGCUCCGGACAUAAAAAAUUAUUCGUUUGUUAAUUUUUUCGAGUUUUUGUUUCCAAGUAUAGACAAACCACCACAUAACCGGCAGAAGUGGGGUGGAUACUGCCAACAUGCUAAUGUUUUGUUUCCACCGUGGCAUCGUCUGUAUCUGUUACGUGUGGAACAAGCCUUGCAGACAGUUCUCCCUGGUGAAGAUGUGGCAUUACAUUAUUGGGACCAAACUUCAGAAGAAAGCCUACGACAUGGUUUACCUAGCAUCCUAACCAGAAAAACUGUCAUGGUAGAUGGUAAGGAAGAAGUAAAUCCUCUCUUAAAUUUCACUCUGCCAAAGCAAAUUGAUGCCGAUGAAAACAGUUUAUACAAGAAACCUAUCCAUUACACGACAGUCCGCUACCCUUUUUCAGGUAUUAGGAAUCCCAAAACAGCUGCAGAAGCUGCAGAAAAACACAACGAGAGAAUCUUUGAACUUGAUAAAUCUCCAGAUAAAUUGUUGAAUGAAAACAUCAAGUACUGGUUAAACCAUGGCUAUAAAAGUAAGAACUCGGUAGUAUCUGGUUAUGAAGACUGCUUGGAUGAGACGGAUUACAAUAAAUUCUCAAACAUAAGCUCGGCCAAAGUCAAAGGCAGGGUUGCGUUUUCCUUGGAACAGCCACACAAUGAUAUGCAUCUUUCAAUAGGUGGUUACUCCUUACCUAAAAUGAAUGAGAAUGGUGAAAUUGAAAGAGAUGAGAAUGAUAAUCCAAUUAUGCAAAAUUAUGGUUUGGUAGAAGGUGCAAACGGUGAUAUGGGUGCAAAUGAGGUGGCUUCCUUCGAUCCAAUUUUUUUUGUGCAUCAUUCAAAUGUAGAUAGAAUGUUUUGGAUUUGGCAAAAAAAACAUAACCAUAGCACAGUCGAGACAAGUUUUGAAAUUCGGAAAGAAAAGAGAAGUGAAGUUGGACGUGACGAUGUUCUUGGUACAUCAACGAAUGGCCAAGGCCCAACUCCCGAUCAAUCCUAUAAUCAAAUCUUAGGUAUGGAUACCGUGUUGUAUCCAUUUCAAAAUUCCACGGGUGUUCCCAUGACAACCAAAGAUUGCGUUGAUAUCGAGGCACAGCUUGGGUACACUUAUAGCAUAGGCUCCUUUGACAAAAUUGAUUGGCCGAGCUGUACUUCAAAGAACAUGUAUUCCCACAUCGUAACGACGUUGAAUGACCUCACCUACUAUAUGGAAAACGUGACACAAAUCCAAGUAUCAAACCCUAAAAAAGUCUAUUUCGAUUUCACAACUGUCGAAGCACCGAGUCAAAGUUGGUUAGCGCUACCAUUUUUCAAGAAAGGCCGUCCAGAAUUCACCUACGGUGGGUGCAAAUGGAAGAGGAUGUUUUACUUGCGUGUGUGUAAUCUGAAAUGUGAUGACUACCCAGGUUCGUUUGUUGUACGGGCGUUUUACAAAAAAAAUGGCAAGGAAUAUUUUGCAGGCCAGCGUGGUGUGUUAAAUCGAUGGAAUCGUAAAAUUUGUGAAAAUUGCCAGUACAACAAUUUUAAAAGCGUUGUAUUUAAAUUCCAUGAAAACGAUGUUUCCUUUCCCACUGGGGUUAAUGAAUUCAAUGUAGAUGUUUUGGCAAAGAAUCCUGUUACUGGAAAAAAUGAAGUACACAAGAUAUUCUGUGAUGGUGGGCCGUAUGGUGAUAAAGGAUUUCCUAAGAAAGAAUUUUUAGUUUCUUUUGAAGAAGUAACUAAUUAGUUCUGUUGAUCAAUAACUUUCUCAGAGUGUGUGGCAUCAGAAACAUUCACAAUCAAGCAUUUUUUAUAAUUGAAUUACUAUUGUGAGCGAUUUUUUUUAAUUUUUUUUAUCUUCGCAUCAUUUAACUAGUUUUCCGUAAUAUUAUUGGAUGUCAAUAUCAUUAGAAUGUCAACUUUUUCGAAUUUUAAACUUCUAUUUGCGGCUUUGUAUUUAUUCAUUCAUUCUGACCAUAACGGCGACGGUAAAAUUUUGAUACGACCUAACUAGAAAUCUGCACAUUUUGACGGAAGUUUGAAAAGAGAGUAUACUGGACAUAAUUUUAAACUAAAAUUUUAAUUUUUUGACACAUUAAUGCUGUUUUCGUUUCUUCGUAUCUCAUCCUUGCCCAACGUGUUAUCUGAAUAAAAAUCUGCACAUUGUGACAAAAGUUUGAAAAGAGAGCAUACUAGUCAUGAGGACAUGAGAUAAUGAUAUGUUUAUAAUACUUAAGACAUAAUUACAACACAAAAUUCUGUUUUUUGACACUUUCAUGCUGUUUUUAUUUCUUCGUUCACUUAAAAAUUCUAAGCGCGGCCUCGAAGAGACAUUGUUCUCAAGAAUUUGUACAAACCGGGGGAGUUUAUUCGAAGCAUCACGGUCAAUAUUACUUGUUCAUCUAUUUGCUAUUAUAUAUGAAGAUUGCGAAUAUGCAACAUGUCAAAGUAACAGAAUUUUGUUGGUUUAGAAUUCACUCCUCAAUAACUGUACUUUUUGACAUUUGAGAUUAGAAUUUCUUUGUAGAGGGCGGUAUGACUUAUAAUUUCCAUUUUGUUAAUUUAGCAAUACAAUAUACUGUUGGAGAAGUAUUAUAACAAUAAUUUUAAAAAUAAUUUUGCAAGCAGUAUAUUUUCACGGGUAUUUUUAUAUCAUUUCUAAAACUUAUUUUAAUUUGUAAAGAGAAAAUUUACGAUUGGUCGUAUUAGCACGUGACUCAUGCGCUAUUAUUUUUAGAGUAUGUUGCUUCCAAGGUUUGUGAAAUAUACAAUCUGCCGUAA